AGUAAUAAAUUAAAAUUAUAUUAUGAGCGUUUCAGAGGGGUCUGACGAAACCGAACUUUCCUUUCCCGAUGAAGAAGAUGAGGGACCAAAUAUCGGAAAAUACAUAGGCGGACGCAAUGCGGCUGGGCAGCGUCAUGGACGUGGCUGGGCUAUUCUACCCAAUGGUGAUCAGUACGAUGGCAAUUAUCGCAAGGGACGACGUCAUGGCAUCGGUCUAUAUGUCUUUAAGAAUGGCGCUCGCUACUAUGGCCAGUACCGCUGUGGCGUUCGCUGCGGCCGCGGCAUAUUCAUUUAUCCAGAUGGCUCCGUCUACGAGGGCAACUGGCGCAGGAAUCUGAAGCACGGCAAGGGUCGUUAUAAUUAUGCUAUUGGGGACACUUACUCGGGCGAUUGGUAUAAGGGCUAUCGCCAUGGUGUUGGCAUCUACAGCUUUAAGACCGAGAAGGACAACUGCUGUAUGACGGUACGUCUUAAGUCCACUUGGAACAGCAAUGUCCGCAUGGGACCCUUUGAGCUGUAUAUUGGCAACGAUGAUAAGUGCACCAUUCUACACGGUCUCUGGGACAAUCUCUAUCCCAAUGGACCGGCUGUGUUCAGCUUUGAUAAUCGUUACAUGCUGCUUGGCUAUUUCUUGCCGGGCGACUAUAAAUUCAAAGUUAUUCGCUCAUCCGCGGAUGUAGAGGAGGACGAAUACAACCAGGAGGACGAAAUUGCAAAUGAAGAGGACCAGCCCGAGGAAAUAAAGCCUACAUUGUGGUUCGCCCAAGAGAUCGCUGUCUACGACUAUUCUCUACUGCCGCAAGAGCCGGUGCCAUUGCCUAUCUCUGACUCUGAGCUUUCGGUAUGCUCGAUCACCUCAGAGGUGAGCACACUCAGCCAGGAGAAGUUUAGCUUUUAUGGCGAGGGCGAAGAAGCCGAAGACGAAGGCGAGGAGUUCGAAAUGGAGUGCUUCCCAUGCGAGUGUGAUUAUGAUCUCAGUGAAGUGGAAACUGAGUCCGAGCCAUGCAAGAUCGACGCCAAUCCCUGUGCCAUCGAAGUGCUCAAACAGCCCGAAUGUCCCGAACCCUAGAUUGAAACUAUUCCCAUAUUAUUGUUUGUUCAGCUUUCAAAUAUACUGAGUAUCCGUGUAAA